GGUAGACUCUGUAAAUUCAUUCGUGUACAGAAGGAAACUAUUUAGUAAAAAAUAUAUAAUAUAAUUUUACCUUGGACCUGCAAUGAAUGCCACGUGGUAGAUUUGACGGUAGAUUAAUACAAUUCGAACUAAAAAGGCGGCUUCUUCCAGAAGCUCUGAUUAGUUACCCCGAUUCUGACUUCUCUGAAGCUACAAAAUCCCUAAUCCAACCCCAUCCCCCAUUCUCUCUCUCUCUCUCUCUCUCUCAAUGGAACAUCACCACGUCUCCGACGCCGGCGACGGCGAGUCGGAAGAAUUCUCGGAGCGCUUCCUCUGCUGCGUGUGCUUGGAUCUUCUGUACAAGCCUAUUGUGCUCUCGUGUGGCCACAUUGCGUGUUUCUGGUGCGGGCAUCGAUCGAUGAGCUCCGAACAGAAAUCGCACUGUCCGCUUUGUAGGCAUUCCUAUCAUCACUUUCCGUCUAUCUGUCUAUUGCUUCAUUGCUUACUGCUCAAGUUGUAUCCUCUUGCUUACAACCGAAGGGAAUCGCAAACUCUAGAACAAGAGGAGAAAACUGGCUACUUCUCGCCACAGCUGGAUGUUCAGGCUUGGAGCUCGCAAGCUAAUCUAGACUUGCGGGGGGACUCUGUAAGCAAAGAGUUGAAUGCAAAUAUGGAGGAAACAGUUUCUGAUUCGUGUUAUCAGAAGAAUGGGAUGGUGAUUUCUAGGGCAGAUGCUUGUGGAGAUGAUGAGGGAAUGGAGAAUGCUACAGUAAAGAAUUCCGAUCAGCAGAGUGGAAGUUCCAAGCACAUUUCAGUUGCAGAUGUACCAUGUGCUGCAUGCAAAGAACUACUGUUUCGUCCUGUGGUUCUUAACUGUGGCCAUGUAUAUUGUGAAAGUUGUGUCAUUAACCAAGAUGAACAGAAGCUGAGAUGUCAAGUUUGUCCAAGUUUCCAUCCAACUGUGUAUCCAAAAGUUUGUCUGGAUCUUCAAAACUUUUUGGUCGAACAGUUCCCUGAAGAACUUGCACAUAGAAGAGGCGAUGUACAGCUUAAGCAUGUUAAUACAACUACAUGUGAAAGCAAAAGCAGUGAAGAAACAGAGAUGCCAUCAUUGUGGUCAUAUCACUUUGGAGUUGGCUGUGAUUACUGCGGGAUGUGUCCAAUUGUUGGGGAUAGAUAUAAGUGUAAAGAUUGUGUGGAGAAAAUUGGUUUUGACCUUUGCACUGAUUGCUAUAAUACUAAUUCCAAGCUUCCGGGUCGAUUUAAUCAGCAACAUACAGCAGACCACCAGUUUGACCUUAUGAGUUGCAACAUGUUUCGUGGUCGGGUAAGGAUGUUGAGUGAGCAAUUAGAUGGUUCUUUUGCUGUUUUACUGGCUCACAUGUCAGAGAUUGCACAGGAAGGUGAGAGGAAUAGAGAACUCUCCGUUGCCAUGAAUGUCAGUAGUGAAAUCGACUAUGAUGAUCGAGAUGACUCUGAAUCAGGAUCUAUUUGAGUGCAGACAUUUGAGGUUUUUUCUUUGGCUUUGAGUCGCUUCCUUAUGCUGAAAAAUAAUGUCUUUUCCCAGGAUUAUAUCAUGGCAAAGGUCCGUAAGGAAGUGUAUCAAUUUGUACAGCUUUAUAGAUUACUACUCAUGAUGUUGAUGCAAGAUAUAAAACAUUGACUAGUUGAGAAUACAUUAGCAGUGUACAGAGUACUUGAAAUUGGAAAAGGUUUGUUUUGUUAUGUGCAAUUUGCAAUUUUAGCGAUGGUGAAGUUACAUGACAAGUGAGA